UACCCAAUGGAAAGUAUAAAUACUAACCGAGAACUGUAACAGUUUCCAUCUUUCACGUUCAACGGAUUAAGUCAUUAACCUUUGACGGUGUAUUAAUAAAUUUCCCGCAAUGUCGGCAAUGUUUUAUACAGCCUCUUUGGCUUUUCUCCUGUGUAGCUUCCAGUUAGCUACCUCUUCACCGUUAGGCUUUCGUGAAAACUACGAGGAAGAUUUGGCUCAAGCUUUAAAUGGGGGUUCCAUUGCAUACGAUCAGCAGCAAGCGCUUGACGACGCUUUAACGAGUGAAGAGCUGAGAGAAUUGUACGAUUCGGUGAGCGACGAUAGUACUACCAUUUCCCCAGCAGAAGAAACAUUCACGGAAGAACCCGAAAUAAGUACUGAUGCCACAUUCCCGGACAACCAUGAGGAGACGGAAGUGACCGCCACAGAAGAAACCGUUACGGAAGCACCCGUCGAGGAUGAGGAAGAAGACAUUUUCGCAGGUUUUCAAACAGAAUCACCGGAUGAGGAAGAACCGGCAACGACAGCAUCACCGGCAGAUGACGAUGGUCUGGUUGAAACAUUACCAGAAGAAACCGAUGAAACAACUGAGCCCCCAUUGGUGGACGACGAUGAGGCAACGGAAGAGGCGGUAACAGAAGAAACAGUUACGGCAGCGCCAAUCGAGGAUGAUGACAUUUUCGCCAGUGUUCAAACAGAAUCACCGGAUGAGGAUGAACCGGCAACGACAGCAUCACCGGCAGAUAACGAUGACCUGGUUGAAACCGUCACAGAAGCCGUAACGGCGGCACCGGAAGAGGCUGCCGACGAGUAUGAUGAGGAAACAUCCGCAACGGAAGUUGUUAUUUUUCCGCAUGAGGAAGUGGAGGCUACAACGGUAGCACCGGUUUCGGAUGACGUCAGUGAUGACGAUGACACUGCGUUAAUAUUAAUACCGCCGGCACCAAUAACCAAUGAUCACUUCCUCCCUAAUUUGCCAGUGGUAAUCGAAAUUGCAGGCGACAACAAUGAAGACAACUCUGGAGCAACUGCAACAGAUGAGGAAGCGAUUGCUACAACGGAAGCAUCCGUUCCGGAUGACGUCGGUGCCGACGAUGAAGCUUUGCUCGGAACUAUACCGGCCGCGCCGACGCUGAGGAAUAAUGAUGACUUUCCCCCUUGGGAUUGGUCCGUCCGAGGGCCUUGGAUUUAUCCUGGCAGUCCGGUAGUUGAUUUGACCAAUACGGGUGACGAGGACUUAUUCUCAUCAUUAAACAAUACAAUGCCAUCAACCACUGCUGUGGAACCUCUUUGGAAUCCAAUGAUGCCUCCGAACUUUGGAUUGCAUGAGACAGCGCGCAUUGACGAUCUGAACAUCCCUAUGCCCACAUUUCACUUUGCUGCGCUGCAACCUUUCGCCGGUAGUAGUUAUGAAAUGGACGUUGAUUCGGAUGCAACCGAUAUGCAGCUGUCGUUGUUCUGGCGUCUCAACAGCGUGGCCAGAAAAGCAUGCAAUUCGUACAUGUACAGUUUACCGACUCCACCGGAAAUGGCCGGAAAACUGAUGACACUUCUGAAAUCGGAGCUCCCGUUGUAUAAAUGGAAUGUGUUCAUCGGCUAUGCUCUCCCGGACACACUGAAGUACACCUAUCAGGGCCGUUAUAAAGGAACCUGCAAUGGAAAUACGUACUUCAUCUGGUACAGCUACAGUGAUACCGAAGCCACUAAUAAGGACACUAACUAAUAAACUGGUCUACAUUUUAACCAAAAUUUGAUACUGCACAGAAAGUACCAUUCUGGCUCAGCUAUUUAAUGCCGCUUCCGGUGUAUAUUUUGGGCUUUCCUAGCUGUAUGUGUUUCUAUAAUUGUUUUAUAAUUUGAUUCAGCCAAAUUGCUCCUGUUACUUUUUGGCGGUACUGUGUGACGUACCGAUUAGGCUUGUGUCGCUGUGAUGGGUCUACAAAAUUAGUAUGAAGAAGAAUGAAUGAGCGCGAAAA